AUGAACAUAGAUGAGGAGGGACUCCCAUCUCCUUCGACCCCUCGAAUAAGUUAUGAGCCCAAGGGGCACCACUGCAGCUUGGACACCGCCUCCAGCAGUACAUCCUUUUGCAGCUUCUGCUUCAGGUACAACUACUCCGUUUGCAGGACAACCGAGGAAUUCAUGAUGAGCUUGAAGCCACGCGCGCUCAGUUGGAGGAGGUUCGGACAAUGGUGCAGACACCCCGAUUGGGACCAGAACAAUGGCAGUCAGGCUCAGGUGGAAGCACAUAUCUUAAAACUUCAGAAUGAGUUCGACUUGCGAAUGAAGCAGGUCGAUGAUGAUCAUCAUAGCACCAAGUCCCGUGUUCGAAAUCUUGAGGACACGGCUGUGAGUAGGACGGAAGUUCCUGAUGCUCACAUGGUACAGGAACAAGUGGACGAGACCUUUUCUGCGGCGCAGCACCUCAGAAGCGUCGUCGAGGCUAAGCACCUGGAGUUAGACCAUGGCUUGGCAGAGGCAAGGGAAUCGAGUCAGGACCUGUCCAACACUCAGCGGAAGGAACAAGCAGAUGAACAGUAUCUUGAUGCCUAUGAAGGUUCAUGGUGGGGCAAUCAGGCGGGACUACAAGGUCAGGAGGAGCCCGAACGACCUCCAGGCCUGACAUCUUCCUCAGCAGCCUCUUCGAGCCAACAGGCAUUGAAGCCUCUGGGUGAGCCCAUUGGAGGGCCAUCUGGACAGAAUCCUGCUCCAGCUGAGGGCAGGAACACCAGUCAGGAACAGGGCAAUGCAAUUCAUCAUGCUCGAUGGAAAUUGCUGGCUGAUGUUCCGAGCUUACAGGUUGGUUCAGGGGAACCGUGGGAAGUCGGAAUGAGAUUUCGCACGUGGUUGAAACAGCUUGACACAGUCGCUGGCACCAUAGCACCUGCUUUUAGUACUUUCGUGACAGCGCAGGUUCAGUUGGCGGAGCAACGUCAUGGUGAGAGGAUGGCUGGCUUGGUCACCUUGGGACCGCCGCCGGAUGUGGAUCCACGAGAUUCUGAGUGCGAAAGCAGGCUUAUCCUUUUGUUGAUCCGUUGUCUUCCCCAGGAAUGGAAAACAAGCGUGCUGGAACAACAGGACGAGUCCAAGGGCAUGAGAGCUUUGGAUCUCCUAGAGGGAGUCUUCGAAGUCCUGCAGCCCGGCGGGGCUGCAGAGAUGCAAUCCUUGAACACGUUCGUUCGUACACUUCGGCCUGUUACGACAGCAAAGGAUGGACUCAGUGUUCUUAGGCGCUGGCGUCUCGCCAGAACCAGGGCCACAGCUCUGGCACUUCCAAAGUUGGCACCGUUUGAAGAACUACAAGUUCUAAGUACGAUGGCACAGACUUUGGAGCGGCGGCAUGAUCGUUUUCGCACCCUCUUGGGCUUGCUCCGGACAGAUCCCGACAUCAUCCGCCCCACAGCAGCUGGAGUUGAAAAGAUGGUCACUCUGAUAGAGCAGCAGUUGCAGCUACUCAGCGCUUGA